UAUCUGUGUACUUCCCUUAUUGAUACUAUAUUCUGUUUGUACUCUACUCCAGAGGGUUCACGUGCUCGUUAAUUGACAGUUAUGUGGUGUUUUUUGGUGUGUUUCUUCUGUUUUCACUGAAUUUUCCUCAUUACAGGGGACCUAUAGAAUCAUUGCAUGUCGCCUACACGACAAUAUGAUGACAUCCGUCACGUUACCCUCAACUUCUGGUCCCUUACACGGCGGAUACUCCUCAGUAGCCGAGGAAACAACAAGCAGCGAGCCCGAGUUCGAAACACCUCGUCCAGUGAAACGUUGUUUAGUAACACCACUAACCGAUUCAUGCAAGAAGCGGCGAAAACAAUCGACACCAGUCCGAAUUUCAGCAGCCGAAUCCGACGUUCAUAUAGAAGGUAAGCCAAGUUCGACCUCUCCCGAGCCCGAGCUGCAGUGCCCUGUGUGCCAAUUAUACUUCACGAGUCCUGAGCAACUUCAAACUCAUGUCGUAUCUGAGCAUUCUGCGCUCGAAUGCAAGAAAGAACCGGAAGAAUUCGCGCUGAAUCCGUCAGAAAACAACGCAGCGGCGCACCAGGAGGUGCCAUGGAUGAACGAGCUGCAGGGCAAAGAGUGGAUCAAUCCGAGUUUGCACGGCUUGCCCUUCAACCCCACGAAUCCGAUGUUCAUGACCUUACCUCAAUUCGCGCAACCCGAGAACAUGCCCAGACAACCGAUUCGAAUUUUCAAUCCGGAUGCGUAUUGUGACUUGUGUAACAAGGAGUUUUGUAACAAGUAUUUUUUGAAGACUCACAAAGCCAAUAAGCAUGGCAUUUAUUCCGAUCCUCCCUCAUCAGAGCCUCUAGUGAAUAAUGUAAAUAUUGCUUCGUAUGCUGGAACAAUUAAACUCCCAACUUCCGUGCCAAGUGUAGAAAUAUCAACUGUUAAAAGCGAAAAACCCGCCAAUAUUAUCAAUCCAUUCAACAACUUGUUCCCCAAUCCUUUCUCAAAUAAAUCCUUUCCGCAGAAAAUCAAACCGAAUCUCCCCAACUUAUACGAAAGUGAAUCAAAUGAAAAUGUUCCUAAUUCAAAUGGUUUCUCAUCAAACUGUGAAAGUGAUAAAGUAUCGCCAGAUGACCAACCAACUGAAGAAUCUUCUAGUCCUAGAAAUAUACAAACCGAAUCUACCUCAUUUCAAAAAGAUUCUGAAGGAGGAAUCUACUACAUUUCCCAAAGCAAAAUGUCUCCAGGCAACGAUAUCGAAAUAUCCAAUCGCCUCAAAAGAAUCGGUGUUAUGAAUCCUAAAGCAUUUUGUGAGAUUUGUUGCAAGGAAUAUUGUAAUAAAUAUUUCUUAAGAACCCAUAAAAUGAAACGUCACGGUAUCUACAUACCUGACGAUAAAGAUAGAGACACUAAACUCGAAGGAAGUGGCAAUUUCCCAUGGCAAAACAACAUGCAAACAAGUCCUCUAAACUUAAUAAUGACAGAACAAUCAAACCAAGAUCGUAAAACUACCUCACCAUCUGACAUCAGUUGUGACAUAUGUGGAAUCAAAUUCCAAAACGCGAGUCUAUCCCAACUACACAACGUGAGUGUUCAUUCGAAAAUGUACCCCAAAGAAGAGGAACACCAAGACCAACAACAAAUCGGCGAAGAAUCAAAAAAAGAAACGGCGACAACCCAAGAAAAACCAAUAAACGCGGAAGCCAUUAGCGAAGAUUUGCAAAAACUACAAACAAUGAUUUUACAAUUGAAUGAACUCGACGUCAGUAAAGUAUGCACGACUUGCAACGCUUGUAACAAAGAGUUUGAAAAUCGUUAUUUUUUACACGCCCACAUGAUGACAGAACAUGGAAUAUUACUCGAAGACGUUACAGACGCUGAUAAACCUGUUGAGUCAGAAAAUAGCUCUAAUAACAAUACCAUGUGUGAUUUGUGUGGGAAAGACGUUCAAAAUGUUGAAGAAAUGAAAAAGCACUUGCUUGAAUUCCAUCCUAAUCAACAAACCAGCACCGAUAACAGCGUCAAAGACGAGUUUAACGGAUUUAGCACUCCGGAAAAAAGCGUCAACAGGAUACCUGUAUCAAGUGCUGAGCGUCGAAUUAGCAUGAACGUGACACCGACUAGUAGUUAUUGCGACAUUUGCAAUAAAGAGUUGUGUAAUAAAUAUUUCAUGAAGACGCACAUGCAAAGAAUGCAUGGAAUCGAGAUCGAAAACGGCGCGCAAAUUGGCGGUGUUAUUUGCGAUAUAUGCAAUAAGGAGUUGUGCAGUAAAUAUUUCCUCAGAGUUCACAAGCACAAUACUCAUGGGAUUGUCGAAUACGGAACGAGUCUCCUCCAACCGAGGAAGAGCGAAGGCGAGACUGCUCACAUGCCACCUGAACCGGAUCCAGCACUAAAACCUGCAGAUUUAGCCGAUUUGAGUCAUCGCUACUUCACUCAUUUCACGGAAGUUUGCUCGAUUUGUAGCCGACGUUUUCGCAGUACGAAAUGGUUGAAGGCUCAUUUAUUGAGCGACCAUGGCCAAGCCGGUGCCGAAAAAUGGGCCGAAUUAGAACAACAACUCCAACAGAGCAUCGGUCAGCAUUCGAAAACUGGGAUUAAAAGUGAACGUAGCAGUCCCACAUUGAAAAUCCCAAACGGUGGCCAAGAACGUAAAGAAGUCGGGAUUCAAAAUGUCCUAUCGAGUUUGUUCGGGGUUGACGAAUCCAGUACAAAAACUUAUUCAUGUUCCUUUUGCCCUUUUACGACUCCUCUCCUUCCGCUACUAUUCGUGCAUGAAAGAUCUCACACGAUGUCAUCGGAUGGCGCACCUCUAAAAUGCCCCGUGUGUGCCCAAAGCUUCCUGCAGCCAGAACUGUUGCAGCAUCAUAUGUUUGCUCAACAUCCGUUUCUUCCCUUACCGCCGUUCUUUAACGGAAACGAGAAUCCUGGCGAGACGUCCAAGGAGCCGUCCGAGGGUGUCGCCGAUGACGACGGUGACGCCGCCAAGAGUAAGAAGAAGGGAAAGGGGAAGAGGGCCGAGCUGUCGCCGGAAAUCGGUCAAAGUCUGAAAGAUGUUGCGAAAAGGGCGCAAGUUCCUGCUGCAUACGCGUUGCCUCAGGGGGGCGAGGAUGCGGGGUAUGUGAUGCAAGCGUUCCUGCUAGAGGAGGCUGCUCCCGAGAGGAGGCUCGUACCGGCCGUGGUGUUCCUGCCGGUGUUCCAAAAACAGCCCGCACCUCUCACCGUUACAUUCACUCUCACCCCGGCCUAAGCAGUUUCCUACACGUAGUUUUGCAUAGAUGUGACAUAUUUUUUUAAGAAACUAUCGAUGGCGAUUCGACGACACCUGUGAUUUUUGAUUAAUUUUAUUUGAUUAUAUUGUAUAAUCUUAAAAGUAUAUAUAAGCGUAUUCCUAUAUUUGCAAGAGGCCUCAUAUAUUAUGGGGAACAUAUGAGCACAUAUUUUUAUGCAAAUACCGGAAAGACUGAGUGAAAUU